AUGGCUUCAGCCACCGAAAGCGUCCAGACCCAACACCUUGCUCUACUAUCAGGCCUUCAUGCUCUGACGAUACCCAAGGAUAAUCAUCCAUGGAGACAACCUCAGCCUCCAGCAUACUCUCCACAGGCACAACCGACGGGCUUUGGCAGCAUCGCAUCCCACUUUGUGAGACGAGAUAAUACUCACGACAGCCAACACAGUCAACGGACCUCUCAUCUUCUGCAAGACUCGAUCUUAGAUGCCGAAGAGGAAGAGGAAGAGGAAGAAUCAUCACCCAUUUCCCUGCGUAUCUCAACACGAAUCGACGUGGCCAGCGAUAGUAAUCUCAUCGCCCUGCCCUAUUCGCCUGCGUCACAGGCAAAUUUCAUUGCAAAAGCGAUCGUCGAUGCCAUUCAUGACAGAAAUUGGACAGUGGGGUGUCCCUUGAUAGACGAAAAUGGGCGGCCAAGACCAUUGAAGCUGGAAGUCGAUGCAGAAACCACCUCACCGACAACACCCGAGACAGUCUACCGAUUCCGCGGCAUCUCCUUCAUCGCCGAAUCGGAGGAGAUCGGCCUCAGAGCUAGAUGCACCUGA